UGUUGCGUCAUGGAAUUUGCUGGAGAACAUUCUAUCGGAUUUAGGGUAGGUCGCCAUCUUUGGAGACGACAAGACGGACAGAGGUUUUGCUUUCAGUGUAUUUGUUCAUAUUUUUCACAUAAUCGAUCCGUUCAAACCUGAUAAUUAUUCCAAAAAGAUGCGCCACUCGAAGCGAAUGCGCUCCCCCGGUGUGUGGCUCGACGAGUACAGCUGGGAGGAGAGGAUGGAGUGUCGCAAACGCAGGAAGAGGGAGUCGCACAGCAGCGAGCGAGAGAACCGGUCCAGGAGAGUUCAACGUCACCACAACAUGUAUGACGGGCACUAUCUGGAGAACCGCAGUUUGAACCAGAGGCUGGACCCACGGGAAGGACAAACCCGCGACCAUAGUUUGGACAUGACCUGUGAGGAUGACAGUCGUGACGGCACCUGUAAAGAAAGAGACCAUGAUUGGCACCAUUACAGCAAGUCAUCAGGACGUAGUGGUCGAAGCCGGCGAAGCAGCCGCAGACACAGAGAUGGAAAACACAUGCGUAGCCACUUGCGGCACAGGUCCUCAUCGAGGAGGAGCCAUCACCGCAGGAGCAGGAAAAGAUCCAGGAGUUUUGAGGAUGAUGGCGAGGGUCACCUCAUCUAUCACAGUGGAGACAUGCUGAGAGCGAGAUAUGAGAUUGUGUGUACUCUAGGAGAGGGUGCCUUUGGGAAGGUUGUUGAAUGCAUUGAUCAUUCAAAUGAUGGAGCUCGAGUGGCUCUGAAGAUCAUAAAAAACAUAGAUCGCUACCGUGAUGCAGCUAUGUCUGAGGUACAGGUGCUUAAGCAGCUCGGCUCCCUCGACUCAGACAUGCGAUAUGCUUGUGUACAAAUGCUGGACUGGUUUGAUUACCACGGCCACAUUUGUAUUGCUUUUGAGCUGCUUGGCCUCAGUACUUAUGAUUUUCUGAAGGAGAACAAUUUCCAGCCUUUUCCUAUUGAACACAUCAGGCACAUGGCAUACCAGAUAAUUCGAGCUGUUCAAUUUCUGCAUAAAAACAAGCUGACUCACACAGACCUGAAGCCUGAGAAUAUUCUCUUCAUUAAUUCAGAAUAUGAUUUGGAGUACAAUCCUGCCAUGAAACAAGAUGAAAGAACAUUGAGGAAUCCAGAUGUGAAAAUUGUGGACUUUGGCAACGCCACAUACGAACAUGAGCACCACACCUCAGUAGUGUCGACACGUCACUACCGUGCUCCUGAAGUCAUUUUAGAUCUGGGCUGGGACCAUUCCUGUGAUGUCUGGAGUAUCGGCUGUAUACUCAUUGAGUACUACCUUGGCACUACACUUUUCCAGACACAUGACAGUAAAGAGCACCUUGCUAUGAUGGAGAGAGUCCUGGGCCCCAUUCCCACAGACCUCCUACAGAAAACCAAGAAACGAAGGUAUGUUCAUCGAUGCAAAUUAGACUGGGAUGCACACAGCUCAUCUGGGAGAUAUGUAAGAAAACACUGCAAACCCCUGAAGAAUUACAUGGUGUCAAAGAGUGAAGACCACCUGAGGCUGUUUGAUCUGAUACAGAAGAUGAUGGAGUAUAACCCCGCUAAGCGUCUCAGUCUGGAGCAGGCUCUCAGACACCCAUUCUUCGCUUGCUAUUACAAGAGCGUCAGUAAAGGUAGUAGAAGCAGCAGCAAAAGUAGUAGCAGAAGCAGCAGCAGCAGCAGCAGUGGCAGCAAGAAAGACUGAAGGGCUGAACUUCUGACCUGAGUCCUGACCAUGGAUCCCUUCGUCACUGCGACCCUCAUCGUGGUGGUUCACCCUCUGCUGCCUCUCCAGGAGAGUUGUAGUUUAAAUGACUGUAUCAGUCCACUGCUCUGCUUUGUCUGCUCCGUAAGCCAUCCUACUCAUCUGUGGAAUGUUUCGAUGUAAUGAGUCACUCCCUUAGGUUUCUAUUUAUUUGCUAUUGUAAUUUAAACAGUAGUUUAAAAAAUGUAUACUGAUGAAACUGAUUUGUUUUAUUUAGUCUUUUCUAUUCAUGUUCUAUUCUUGCAUUGUGAGGAUGGUGACAAAUUGAGAAAUGCUUUACUGAUCAAGAGUCUUCACAGUAAUUUAUGCAGUCUUGUACAUGUGGAAACAUUUCACUGGCAGAAAAUACUUGUACAUAGAAUUUGUUGUAACAUUUGUUUUUCCAUUAGCUAUGUAAUCUUUGCCAUACCGUGUACAUUUUCUCAAUAAACCAAUAGACAACAGAA